GCCACUGCGAGUUCGAUGGCAAACUGGAGGGCAUCGACGCGCUGUGCGACGUCGACCACGGUAGACCCCUGCGUGGCGACAGGGUAGACCACUCCGAGUGCGAGGGCAAGCUGGAGGGCAUCGACGGCGUAGGCCACGGCGAGUGCGAGGUCAAGCAGGAGGGCAUCGACGUGAUGAAGGACGUCGUCCACGGUCGACCCCUGCGUGGCGAGGGGGUCGGCCACGGCGAGUGCGAGGUCAAGCAGGAUGGCAUCGACGUGAUGAAGGAC